AUGUCCUUGCCUCGUCCUAAAAAACCGAAGGAGGUUGCUGUAGAUUGGACAAAGGCCGCCACUCUAAGGCCGAACCGGAAACCACCAGCAACAGUUAGGCGACUUAGUGUAAUUUCAAUGUCGUCAAGAGUGGCUAUGGCGCCGUUUCAAGGGACGGCGCCUUCGUCAGGACGUCAGGCAAAGAAGGUGAAUGUACCUGUGGUGCCGAACAUGUCCGUGGUUGACAGAAGUAAAUAUGACGAUGUGAACCGCAAUGUUCGCAGCAAUCUCAGCUGCCGAUCUAUGGCCUCGCCGUCACGAAUGAGUGACGAUCGCAGUAGUGACUCGCAAAACUGUAACCGAGGUUGCCGUCCAACUGUUUUUGGUACGCACUCUUCGUCAUCGUUUUCAAAUUAUGGCACGGACGUUGGACAAUUGCUUGGAGCCCGAAAUACUGAGCUCGAGCGUUCGUGCCAAGCCGACGGCGGCGUCGGCAGCGGCGGCGGCAUAGCGUUUGACGCCGGACGACGUUGGCAUGCUCGUCGCGAAGGUGUCGCCAUCGCUCAUCCCUACAACGAUGUCCUUCACUUGACUGACUGA